ACUCCCAAUCGCUGAAAGAUUUCAACUCCAUAAGGAAUCAAACCAAUAAAAAAUCAAGUUCGAGGGCUAUUUCUCCCUCGGGCCGUGUUUGGGUAUAACCGGACUUCUUUGGUUGGGUGCAAGCAAUUUUGUCCUCGUACAUGUACCAAUCGGAUUUGCUCGAAAAAAAAAACAUGUAGUACCGCUCGGACCACGAAGAGGCAUCGCCGCGCCGCCAACCCACAUCCUCCAGCCUGAUCCAUGGCGCUGCGUACCCUGGCGGCGAGGGCGCGGACUUCCGCCGCCGCGCUCCGCCCACAGAUGCCGUCCCUCGGCCUCUCCCCUCUGCCCGGCGGCCGCCCCAACUUCCACUCCGCCGCCGCCCCCCGCCGCCACCCGUCGGCCGGCGGCCGUCCCUCCCUCAUCAGGAACCUGCGCACAAGAAUUAACUUGGAAUCAGCUAGCAAAGAGGAGCUCGAACGUGAGGCAACCUUCUUAAGGGAACAGAUCAAUGAGUUUGUGGACCGUAUUCACAAGGAGAAGGAGAGGUCUGAUCUAAUUAAGAAGGAUCUUUGGGCUUCUCUGAAGCGUAUGGCCUGUUGUGCUGCUGUGGUGAAAGUCAUAACGCUUUUCAUUCCUUAUAAACUAGCGGAAGAAGAUGAGAUGAUGGAUAUGAACUAGCAGAACAAGCUGAGGUGAUGAACUAGUGGAACAAGCUGAGACGUCUUGUCAUCAGCUAGCUGUGAGCUCUCCCAAGGAAUCAAAUUCUAGUCUGUUGUUCACAUAUUGUAAGAUCUUGUGUUGGCAUUGAAUGGAACUAAAUUUUGCAGUA